AUGACACCACCAAAGAACGUCGUCUUCGACGUAGUCGGCACCCUCGUCACAUACGAGCACCUCUUCGAGGCAAUCGACGAGCGCCUAGGCGAACGCCUCCGCGCCCGCGGCAUCCAGCCAAAACUCCUCGGCUGCUGCUGGCUCGAGGUCGCCGAGCGCGAGUACACCUACCUCUCCAUGUCGGGCCGCUACGUCGUCUUCUACAAGGUCUUCACCGCCCUCUUUUACCGCUGCCUGCACUACGCCGGCAUCGAGGACCCGCGCGCCUUCGCGAGCGACGAGGACGUCGACUACCUCAUUGGCGAGUGGAAGAGCCUGCGGCUGCGCGAAGGCGCCGCCGAGUGCGUGGCGAAGCUCCGCGCCGCGGGUUUUACGGUGUGGUGCUUCACGGCGGGCGACAUCGCCCGCGUCGGUGGCUACUUUUCGAGGGGCGGGGUCGAGAUGCCUGUUGAGAACUUGCUCUCGUGCGAUUCGUCUGGCCUGGCGAAGCCGACUCCCGAGGCGUAUACGCCUAUCUUGAAGAAGUUGUCUGCUGAUGGGUGCGAGCCUUGGUUUGCGGCGGCGCAUUUGUGGGAUGCGUCGACGGCGAAGACUGUGGGAUUCAAGGCGGCAUACUGCACUGCUCUGGAGGGAGAGGCGUUGCCAGAGAUUUUCGGUGAGAUGGACGUUGUGGCAGAGACGCUACCGGCGAUGGCGGACAGAAUUAUUGCUACGUAUGAGAAGUAG